AUGUGUGGCAUCUUCUUCUCCUUGAGCACAUCUGGAUCCGUACUUCCUAACGAGGAAACCUGUUGCUUGCUACGGAAUCGAGGCCCAGACAGCUUCCAGGUCCAUACCCUCCAGCAUGAGUCCCGUCAUGCAAGGGCUCCCAUCUGGCUCACAUUUGUCUCCACUGUCUUGUCCAUGAGAGGCGAUCAUGUUGUUUCGCAGCCUCUUGUGGACUCCGCGACACAGUCUGUGUUGUGCUGGAAUGGGGACGCCUGGAAGGUCGCUGGUAAACAAAUCCAGGGCAAUGACACUGAGGUGAUUUUCAACUUAUUGCUGCAGGCUGCGACGGGUCCUUCCGCUUCAAGCAUUUCUGGGAGCUCUAAUCCCAAAGAUGCCGUACAGAGCGUGGCAGAUGUUAUCAGCUGUAUUUCGGGGCCCUUUGCCUUCAUAUUCUUUGAUGCGGUCAACUCCAGGCUAUUUUUCAGUAGGGACUGUCUCGGACGACGCUCACUACUUCAGGGCCGUGAUGAGGCUGGCUCCUUGAGGAUCUGUAGCCUUUGUGACAGCAGUACCACUACACAUUUUGAGGAGGUCGGCACAAACGGGAUGCAUAUGAUUGACUUGACGCAGACUCUAUUACAGGAUGGCCUUGAAGUCAGCUCUGGCACGCGCCGUAAUCCUUUCGAGAUCGAGGGGAUUCAAACGCUACCCUGGAACCACACUGCUGAUAUGCCAGCAAGUCUUCAUAUGGUACUACCCUCCUUGCACCUCCGACUUCAAUACGCACGCUUACGAGUCAGGCAGAAAAAUCCAAUUCCCCCAAUGAAUAUGUCCCCACCAGACGGGAUACCUCCUCAGCUAAGUGUUGAGUCUCCUUCUGUUAAACAUAUAGAGCAGAAACUCCGUCAAUCCCUCGCUUUAAGAGUUCAGAAUGUCGGAGAACCCCCUGGAGUCACCGCUGAAAGCAAUGUGAAAGUUGCAGUUCUGUUUUCUGGCGGUCUCGAUUGCACACUGCUUGCCCGGAUUUCCCAUGAGCUGCUGCCGUGCGACGAGACCAUCGACCUACUGAAUGUCGCAUUUGAGAACCCGCGUGUUGUUGCGGCAGCGGCCGCCAGUAAGGAAGCAAAAGCGACCUCGGUGUAUGAAAGCUGCCCCGAUCGUAUCACCGGACGAGCAACUCAUGCAGAACUUCAGAAGGUCUGCCCAGGCCGCAACUGGCGAUUUGUCGCAAUAGACAUUCCCUAUAGUGAGACGGUUGCAUACCGUGACACCGUAAAGCGCCUGAUGAGGCCGCACAAUACGGAGAUGGACCUGUCCAUCGCAUGUGCACUGUAUUUUGCCUCGCGCGGACAAGGCGUGGCAUUUGACAGUCGUCCAGGUGACACUAAGCCCACCCCGUAUACGUAUACGACGGCCGCUCGCGUUCUCCUCUCCGGUCUCGGAGCCGAUGAGCUUUUUGCAGGCUACGCGAGACACGGAAUAGCAUUUGCACGUAACGGGUUCGAAGGUCUCCUAGAUGAGAUUCGCCUAGACGUGAGCCGUCUCGGCCAGCGAAAUCUGGGUCGUGAUAACCGCGUCAUUGCCCACUGGGGCCGCGAAGCGCGAUACCCAUUUUUGGACGAAGAAUUCGUGGCGUGGGUUGCACAAGCUCCGGUUUGGGAGAAAUGCGGAUUUGGACUUCCCCCGCUCCAGACAGACGGCGAGGAGACGUCUACAAGCUCGAUAGAAUCCGGGCUUGACUCGGAGAAGAAAGCGCUUCGUUUGGUGGCGCUGAUGCUAGGAAUGCAGCAUGUAGCUUAUGAGAAGAAAAGAGCCAUCCAGUUUGGGUCCCGGACAGCAAAGAUGGAAAAGGGAAAAGUUAAAGGGACCGAUGCCCUCAGCUGA